AUGCUAGGGACCCCCGGUACCGGGACCAUUGCAUUCGAACACUACGGACCCCCGGCACCGGGUACCAGGGACCUCUGGCACCGCCACCUCCUUCCUUCUCGCUUCAGGGACCCCCGGUACCGGGGCAGCAGGGACCCCCGGCAUCGCUACCGCCCCCUCUCUGGCUUCAGGGACUCCCGGUACCGAGUACCAGAGACCCCCGACAUCACCACUGCCCUCUCUCUUGCUUCAGGGAUCCCCGGUACCAGAGCACCAGAGACAACCGGCACGGCCAUCUCUUUCCCUCUUGCUUCAGGGACCCCCGGCGUCACCACUACCCCUCCUUCUCCCUUCAGGGACCCCCGGGACCCCCAGUAUCAGAGGACCAGAGACCCUCGGCACCGCCACUGCCCCCCUCUCGUUUCAGGGACCCUCGGCACCAGAGCACCAGGGAUCCCUGGCAUCGCCACCACUCCCCUCUCCUUUCAGGGACCCCCGGGAGCCCCAGCACCGGGCACCAGAGACCCCCAGCACAACCGCUACCCCUCCUCUCCCUUCAGGGUCCCUCGAAACCCCCGGUACCGCCGACCCCAGCUCUUGCGGCAGAGAGGCGGUGCUAGGGACACCGGGAUCGCAGCACCGGCGGCUCCCGGUGCAGCGCCCGGCGGAAUCACCGGAACCCCUCGGGACAGCCCCGGGAAAGCGGCGUCCGUGCCGAGCCGGGCCGUGCACGGCGCUGUCGCUAGGGACACGGUCCCCACGGGGCCACCGCGGCGAAGGGAUGGGCAGGGAGCGGCGGCGAUGGCUGGUCCGGCACCGGGAACUCGCCCGCGGUGCCGCCGCAGCCGGGUCGCUCACGGGAAGAGCAGCCGGACCGAAGGCGUGGGAGACAGGACCGCACCGGGGCAGCGGCCAGGCCGGCUCGGUGUCUCGGAGCGGCCGCGGGGUUCGGCCAGGGUUCGGCCGGGGUUCGGGCGCCCGCGGGGUCGGUGCCGGUUACAGCCCCUCGGUACCGGGAGCGCUCCUAGGGGAGCGGACGGAGGCUGCCGCAUCCCGACACCUCCGCGAUCCCGGCGCCUCCGCUAUCCCACCGCAGCCCCGGCGCCACCGCAGCCCCGGCACCGGCUCGGGCUUGUUCCCCGGGGAGCCGGCAGCACCGGGCGUUUGCCGCGGCCCAGGCGCCAUUUGCAGAAGCUCCGAACCCCGGAAAGUCACCGGGCCCAGCAGCACCGGGCCCAGCACCGGGACCCACCGGCAUCACCGACACCACAGCGCUCGGCCCUCCCGGCGCCCUGGGACCCCGGAGUGACCGACAUCACCGGCGCCCCCAGACCCACGGCAUCCCUAGCACCGCCAGACCCAGGGCAUCACCGGCGCCCCCAGACCCACGGCAUCCCUAGCACCGCCAGACCCAGGGCAUCACCGGCGCCCCUAGACCCACGGGCAUCACCGGCGCCCCCAGACCCAUCGGGCAUCACCGGCGCCCCCAGACCCACGGGCAUCACCGGCGCCCCCAGACCCAGGGCAUCAGCGGCACCCCCAGACCCACUGGCAUCACCGGCACCCCCAGACCCAUCGGGCAUCAGCGGCACCCCCAGACCCAUCGGGCCUCACCGGCGCCCCAGACCCAUCAGGCACCACCGGCCGCCCCCAGACCCCAGGGGGGGCAUCACCGGCACCCCAGACCCACCGGGCAUCACCGGCACCCCCAGACCCACGGGCAUCACCGGCACCCCGGCACCCUGCCGCAGCCCCGCAGCAUCCUCCAAUCCCCCCUCACCCCCGCCGCUCCCGGCCCCACGGGGAAGUGGGCGAGAGGGGUCCCACGCGCGGGGACUCACCGAGCGCCACGAUCUCCGCCAAGACGCGCCGGGGGGGCAUGACCGGGGGGGGAAACGGCGCCGGCACCGGGAGGGCUCCGGAGGAGAUGCGGCACCGGCGGGGAGCACCGGCACCGGUAGCGCGGGGGCUCCGGGGGAAAAUGGCCCCGGGGGCUCCGCCCGCACCGGCACCGGCUCCGGCUCCGGCUUCGCGGCAGGGGCGGGGCGGGGGGCGGGCAGCGGGGGGCGCCUUAUCGCAGCGCCCCACCCUCCACAGCCGCGCACCCCGCGGGGGAGGCACCCCCGGCACCCGGCGCGGGAAGGAUUAACGCCGACCAGUGCUCCCAGGAAGUCCCGCAGCCGCUCGGCACCGCCCGCCCCGCUGGGCGCUCAAUUGUGGGCCCAGCACCGGCCCAGCACCGGCUCAACACCGGCCCAGCACUGGCCCAGCACCGGCCCAGCAUUGGCCCAGCACCGGCCCCAGCACAGGCCCAGAACCGGCCCCAGCACAGGCCCAGCACCGGCCCAGCACCGGCCCAGAACCGGCCCCAGCACCGGCCCAGCACCUGCCCAGAACCGGCCCAGAGCCGGCCAAGCACCUGCCCAGAACCAGCACAGCACCGGCCCAGCACCGGCCAAGCACCUGUCCAGAACCGGCACAGCACCAGCCCAGCACCGGCUGCAUCACCGGCCCGGAACCGGCCGCAUCACCGCUCACCGCUGGCCCAUCAGCGGCACGUCUGACGGCGGCCGGCUGCCGCAUCCAGAGCCCAGGGGAGUGCGGUGCCGGAGGGCUGAGAUGGGAGCCCUGGCACGGCCCUGGCACGGUGCUCACACCCUGCCGGCCAGCAGCCUCUCUUCUGGCCAGAGAACAGAGCACGGCUCCAGCCACCAGCGCUGCAGCAGGAUGGCUGGGGAAGCUGGGGAGCCGCGGAUCCCCUGA